AUGCUUCAAGUCUUGCCUCUCGUGUGAAAAAGACUGAUGCAAGGGAAAUAGAGAGCUUCUACCAACAGUACUAUGAGAACUACAUUCGAGCUUUGGACAAGGGAGAGCAAGCAGACAGAGCCCAACUUGGCAAAGCUUAUCAGACAGCCGGAGUGCUUUUUGAAGUCCUCUGUGCCGUUAACAAGACUGAAAAAGUUGAAGAAGUUGCUCCUGAGAUUAUUGCCGCGGCAAAAGAUGUCCAGGCAAAGAAGGAAAUUUAUGCUCCGUAUAACAUUCUUCCUCUGGAUUCUGCUGGCACAUCACAGUCUGUCAUGCAGCUCGAGGAGGUUAAGGCUGCUGUGGCUGCACUUUGGAAUACAAGAGGCUUGAACUGGCCGGCUGCGUUUGAGCAGCAGAGACAAAAAGCUGGGGACUUGGACCUUCUUGAUUGGUUAAGGGCCAUGUUUGGGUUUCAGAGAGACAAUGCCAGGAAUCAGAGGGAGCAUUUAAUUCUGCUACUUGCCAAUGUUCAUAUAAGACUAAUUCCCAAGCCUGAGCCUCUUAACAAGCUUGAUGAUCGAGCUGUUGAUGCAGUCAUGAACAAGAUUUUCAAGAACUACAAAACAUGGUGCAAGUUCUUGGGAAGAAAACACAGUUUACGGCUCCCUCAAGGGCAACAAGAAGUGCAACAGAGAAAGAUACUUUACAUGGGCCUCUAUCUUCUUAUCUGGGGUGAAGCAGCUAACGUGCGCUUUAUGCCAGAGUGCCUAUGCUACAUUUUUCAUAAUAUGGCAUAUGAACUCCAUGGUCUAUUGGCUGGAAAUGUCAGCAUUGUAACUGGAGAAAACAUUAAGCCUUCUUAUGGUGGAGACGAUGAAUCUUUCCUUCGGAAGGUUAUAACGCCCCUUUAUCGAGUAAUUGACAGGGAAGCCAAGAAGUGCAAUGAUGGAAAGGCCCCUCACUCAUCUUGGUGCAACUAUGAUGAUCUAAAUGAGUACUUCUGGUCGUCUGAUUGCUUCUCUUUGGGUUGGCCUAUGCGUGAUGAUGGUGAUUUCUUCAAAUCAACACGUGACAUGGCACAAGGAAAGCAGGCAAAUCAUAGAACGUCUAGAAGCACAGGCAAAUCAUAUUUUGUUGAGACCCGAACAUUUUGGCAUACUUUUCGCAGUUUUGAUCGUUUGUGGACAUUCUAUAUAUUGGCUUUACAGGCUAUGGUUAUUGUCGGAUGGAAUGAUAUUUCUCCAACGAACAUUUUAAAGAAGGAUGCCUUAUACUAUCUAGCAAGUAUUUUUAUCACAGCUGCUUGUCUUCGCCUUUUGCAAAGUAUUUUGGACCUUCUUUUGAACUUUCCGAGCUAUCAUAGAUGGAAGUUCACUGAUGUGAUGAGAAACAUUCUCAAGAUAGUUGUUAGUCUUGUAUGGGUCAUCGUUCUUCCACUAUGUUACAUGCGUAGCAACCAGUUUGCUCCUGACAAACUUAAAGAUGUGAUGUCAUUCCUUAAUCAAGUGAAUGGUGUUCCCCCAUUAUACAUCACAGUUGUGGCUUUAUAUUUGCUUCCGAAUUUACUGGCAGCAGUUUUAUUUGUUUUCCCAAUGCUCCGUCGUUGGAUUGAGAACUCAGACUGGCAUAUCAUAAGGUUUCUUCUUUGGUGGUCACAGCCCAGAAUUUAUGUCGGAAGAGGAAUGCAUGAGAGUCAAUUUUCACUUGUAAAGUACACUCUCUUUUGGGUGGUACUUGUGUGUUGCAAGUUAGCAUUUAGCUUUUUUUUUACGAUAAAACCUCUAGUCAAGCCAACAAGAGAUGUAAUGAAUAUUAAGCGUGUUCAAUAUACUUGGCAUGAAUUUUUCCCAGACGCUAAACACCACUAUGGAGCAAUUGCUUCACUCUGGGCACCGAUAAUCUUGCUUUAUUUUUUGGAUACUCAAAUUUGGUACGCUAUAUUUUCAACUCUCUGUGGUGGCGUUAUUGGGGCCUUUGAUCAUCUAGGAGAGAUACGAACAUUAAGCAUGCUAAGGUCUCGGUUUCAGUCUUUACCUGGUGCAUUCAACACACAUUUAGUGCCUUCUGAUAAGACUAAGAAAAGGGGAUUUUCUUUUUCAAAGUAUUAUUCUGAGGUUACAGCAAGCAGGAGAAGUGAAGCAGCAAAAUUUGCUCAAUUAUGGAAUGAAGUAAUAUGUAGUUUCCGUGAAGAAGAUCUCAUAAGUGACAGGGAAAUGGACUUGUUGCUAGUUCCUUAUUCAUCAGAUCCUAGUCUGAAACUAAUUCAGUGGCCACCUUUUUUGCUUGCAAGCAAGAUCCCAAUUGCAUUGGAUAUGGCGGGUCAAUUUCGAUCAAAAGAUGCUGACCUUUGGAAGCGAAUAUGCGCUGAUGAAUAUAUGAAAUGUGCUGUUAUCGAAUGCUACGAAUCUUUCAAACUUGUCCUGAAUGCUUUGGUUAUUGGAGAUACUGAGAAGAGGAUAAUUGGCAUCAUUAUUAAAGAAGUUGAAAGCAACAUUUCAAAGCAUACUUUUCUUGCAAAUUUCAAAAUGGGUCCUUUACCUACUCUGUGCGAGAAAUUUGUGGAGCUUGUGGAUAUACUGAAAAAUGCUGAUUCAUCCAAGCGAGAUCGUGUGGUUUUGUUGCUGCAAGACAUGUUAGAAGUAAUCACCCGUGACAUGAUGGAAAAUGAGAUCCGUGAAGUGGUAGAACUGGGCCAUAGUAGCAAGGAUUCUGGAAGGCAACUUUUUGCUGGCACUGACUCAAAACCUGCUAUCGUGUUCCCCUUGGUUACAGCACAAUGGGAAGAACAGAUAAGACGUCUGUAUCUUCUUUUGACUGUAAAAGAAUCUGCCGAUGAUGUGCCAACAAACCUUGAAGCUCGCCGAAGGAUGUCAUUCUUUACAAAUUCAUUGUUCAUGGACAUGCCAAAUGCUCCUCGAGUUCGCAAAAUGCUUUCAUUCAGUGUCUUGACUCCAUACUAUAGCGAGGAGACUGUCUAUUCUAAAAGUGACCUUGAAGUUGAGAAUGAAGAUGGUGUAUCAAUCAUAUAUUAUCUGCAGAAGAUCUUCCCAGAUGAAUGGAAUAACUUCAUGGAGCGACUCAACUGUAAGAAAGAGAGUGAGGUUUGGGAAAAUGACGAGAACAUCUUACAACUACGUCAUUGGGUCUCCUUAAGAGGACAGACUCUCUGCAGAACAGUGAGAGGGAUGAUGUACUACCGAAGGGCUUUGAAGCUCCAGGCUUUUCUUGACAUGGCUUCUGAAAGUGAGAUACUAGAAGGCUACAAAGCCAUCACAGUUCCAUCUGAGGAAGACAAGAGAAGUCAGAGAUCCUUAUAUGCACAAUUAGAGGCUGUAGCUGACAUGAAAUUCACAUACGUAGCUACCUGUCAGAUUUAUGGGAACAUGAAGCGAAGUGGCGAUCGACGUGCAACCGACAUUUUGAAUCUGAUGGUCAAUAAUCCAUCUCUUCGUGUAGCAUAUAUUGAUGAGGUUGAAGAAAGGAAUGGUGGAAAAGCACACAAGGUGUAUUAUUCUGUAUUGGUCAAAGCUGUUGAUAACCGCGAUCAGGAAAUCUACCGCAUAAAAUUGCCUGGUGCAGUGAAGAUAGGAGAAGGAAAGCCUGAAAAUCAGAAUCAUGCUAUAGUUUUUACUCGAGGAGAAGCUCUUCAGACCAUUGACAUGAACCAGGACAAUUACUUGGAAGAAGCUUUCAAAAUGCGCAAUCUACUAGAAGAAUUUAAUGAGGACCAUGGUGUGCGUCCGCCUUCAAUUCUGGGUGUUCGUGAACAUAUCUUUACUGGAAGUGUUUCUUCUCUGGCUUGGUUCAUGUCAAAUCAAGAAACGAGCUUUGUCACCUUAGGUCAAAGAGUUCUUGCAAGACCUUUAAAGGUCCGAUUCCAUUAUGGGCAUCCAGAUGUGUUUGAUAGAAUUUUCCACAUUACCCGAGGUGGCAUCAGCAAAGCUUCUCGGGUCAUCAACCUAAGCGAGGAUAUCUUUGCUGGUUUUAAUUCAACACUAAGGCGCGGGAAUAUCACUCAUCAUGAGUAUGUCCAAGUCGGGAAGGGACGAGAUGUUGGCCUAAACCAGAUCUCACUUUUCGAAGCAAAAGUAGCCUGUGGUAAUGGGGAGCAAACGCUGAGUCGGGAUAUCUACCGCUUAGGCCAUCGUUUUGACUUCUUCCGUAUGCUGUCAUGUUAUUUUACAACUACUGGCUUUUAUGUCAGCUCAGUGAUGAUUGUGUUGACUGUUUAUGCAUUCCUAUAUGGCAGACUCUACCUUUCAUUAAGUGGAUUGGAGAAGGCAAUUGUUAAAUAUGCACGGUCUAGGGGAGAUGAUCCUCUGAAAGCAGUCAUGGCUUCGCAGUCCCUUGUUCAAGUUGGUAUUUUAAUGACCUUGCCCAUGGUUAUGGAGAUUGGACUAGAGAGAGGAUUCAGAACUGCGUUAGGUGACUUAAUAAUUAUGCAGCUCCAGCUAGCAGCUGUCUUCUUCACUUUCUCUCUUGGGACAAAGGUCCAUUAUUUUGGGCGCACUGUGUUGCAUGGUGGGGCUAAAUACAGAGCCACUGGGCGUGGUUUUGUUGUCCGACAUGAAAAGUUUGCAGAGAACUACAGGAUGUACUCGAGGAGCCAUUUUGUGAAAGCACUGGAGAUAAUGAUAUUACUUAUAGCUUAUCAAAUUUAUACUUCGGCUGCUCCUGAUACUAUUUCUUACUUGCUCAUGGCUGCCUCAAUGUGGUUCCUAGUAGGUUCUUGGCUGUUUGCUCCUUUCCUUUUCAAUCCUUCCGGAUUCGAGUGGCAGAAGAUAGUGGAAGACUGGGAGGAUUGGACAAAGUGGAUUAGCAGCCGGGGUGGUAUCGGCGUGCCUGCAGCCAAAAGCUGGGAGUCUUGGUGGGAGGAGGAACAGGAGCACCUGCAGUAUACUGGGUUUUUUGGGCGGCUCUGUGAAAUUCUUCUUUCCCUGCGCUUCUUUCUCUACCAGUAUGGAAUUGUGUAUCAUCUACAUCUGUCAAAAGGCAACAAAAGCAUCAUGGUCUAUGGUCUGUCUUGGCUGGUCAUUGUUGCGGUGAUGAUCAUCUUGAAGAUUGUGUCCAUGGGUAGAAAAAAGUUCAGUGCAGAUUUCCAGCUAAUGUUCAGACUUCUCAAGCUGUUACUAUUCUUUGGGUUCGUAGCCACUGUUGGCAUUCUGUUCGCAUUCCUUAGUCUUACCAUUGGAGACAUCUUUGCUAGCCUGCUGGCCUUCAUGCCAACGGGAUGGGCUCUUCUGCAGAUAGCACAAGCAUGCAGACCAGUGGCGAGGGGCUUGGGAAUGUGGGGGUCUGUAAAAGCUUUAGCAAGAGGGUAUGAAUACAUUAUGGGGCUGACAAUCUUUACACCUGUGGCAAUCCUUGCUUGGUUUCCAUUCGUCUCAGAGUUCCAAACCAGGCUUCUUUUCAACCAGGCUUUCAGCCGAGGGCUUCAGAUUCAACGUAUUCUAGCUGGAGGGAAGAAGAACCAGUGAAUGCUACCCCCAUCAAGAUUGCACCUAUUGAAGAGAGAACAGUUGUAGAUGUAUAUAUAGGAGCUGAGUUUCAUAGAGAUUUCUAAAGCCGGAACAGGAGAUUAGACCAGCGUGCGUGGGCUGGGAUUCCAAGGGAUUUCCAAAGUCAAAACAGAGAGCAUUGCAGCAUACAUGAAAUGUAGUGUAGUAUGUGUCUCUGUGUGUGUUUAAUGUUAAUCUUCACUUUGCUGACCCCCUUCAUAGCAUGUAGAGGAAGUAGUAUCUUUAUGUUUCUGACCCCCUUCAUAGCCUGUAGAGCAAAUAGUAUAUAUCGUGUUCAAUCCCCAAGUACAAUUUAUCCCAGUCGAUGAUAUGUUUAUACCCCGUACCCUCAUUUUACUGUAAAACAUGCAACAAAGUAUCGAGUUAGAUAUUAUUUUAAGUACAUCGCUUUAACGGUCAUAUUUCAUUUUCGUGAUACUGUUAGGCCACUAACCCGUUGGUAUUUUCGUGUUGAUUUACUGGUGACCAAAGGUUAUAUGCGGUCAUGUUUUUAUUUUAUUUUAUUUUUAUUUUUUAAGCAUUAACGAUAAAAAUAGUUGUUGUGAGGGUAUCCGUGGAUUUCAAGAGGAAGUGUUAAUGGAAUGGAUUUUUACAUUAUUGAGUCGAA